AAAGUGUCAUGCAGAAGGCUAAAUACUUUCUCCGUGCAAUUUUGUUGGUACAGUGUCUAAUGGCUUGCAAAGCCAUGGCAGCAACAAAUAUUACUACUGAUCAAUCUUCUCUUCUUACCUUCAAAGCCCAUAUAAAUUUAGAUCCUUCACACAUUUUAUCCAAAAAUUGGUCGGUUUCUACUUCUGUUUGUGUCUGGAUUGGAGUUACUUGUGGUCUUCGCCACCAGAGAGUGACUGCCUUGGAUAUUUCUAAUAUGAAUCUUAUUAGAAAGAUACCUUCCCAAUUGGGAAAUUCUAUCCUUCCUUGUUUCUAUCAACUUGACUGGAAACUAUUUUCAUGGUAGUCUUCCUCAAGAGUUGAUUCAACUCCGACGGUUAAAAAUCAUGCUCUUCCGUUCCAACAAAUUCAGUGGCGAAAUUCCUUCAUGGCUUCAUUUCUUACCUAAGUAACAAGUUUUGAGUCUUAGAAAUAACAGAUUUACAUGUUUCAUUCCACCUUCUCUCUCCAACAUAUCUACUCUCGACACUCUGGAUCUCUCUUUCAAUCCUCUGCAAGGGAAAAUCCCGGAAGACAUUGGAAAUCUUCAUAACUUGAAAAAGCUUCUAUUACAAGAUAACAGACUCAUUGGUGUAAUACCAUUGCAGAUUUUCAACAUAUCGACAAUGGAAUUUCUUUCUUUUACAAGGAAUAACUUAAUUGGCAAUCUCCCUAUUCAAAUAUGCCAUGGCUUCCCAAGACUCCAAACGUUUUUUCUAUCUGAAAAUGAAUUGGGUGGUAAAAUUCCUUCCAAUCUAUCAGAAUGUUUACACCUUCAGAGUCUUGAUUUGUCUAACAACAAAUUUAGUGGAUCCAUUCCGGGAGAAAUUGGGAGAAUAAGGACGCUUCAGAUUUUAUCUCUUUUUUCAAAUGAUUUGUCCGGUGCAAUUCCACGUGAGUUGGGUAAUCUGGAUAACCUGAGGAUGUUGAGCUUGGGAUUUAAUUUUCUUAGUGGCUCUAUACCAGCCAGUAUCUUUAACAUUUCAUCAUUGCAAGUGAUUGAGAUUCAAGAGUGCAACCUAUCCGGAAUCCCAAAAGAUUGGCAAUGAAAAAUCUUCCGAACUGAAGGCGAUAUCCCUGCGUUACAACAAUUUUACUGGACCAAUUCCAAACUUCCUUGGGAAUUUGAGCUUCAUUAAAAUUGUCGACUUGACUGGGAACAAUUUCAUUAGUGAAUCUCCAGAAUUGAGCUUCAUCACUUCAUUGACAAGCUGUAGGUAUUUAACAAAUUUGGCUUUUGACAGCAAUCCUUUGAAUGGCAUUCUUCCAUUUUCAAUUGGGAAUUUGUCCCGUUCUCUUCAAUAUUUUUAUGGUUAUAAUUGUGGUCUCAGAGGUAGCAUUCCAAAUGAAAUAGGCAAUCUCACCAAUUUGAUAGCGUUAAGUCUGUUUGGCAAUGAGUUGACAGGAUCAAUUCCAGCAAGCUUGGUGAAUUUACAAAAGCUUCAAGGAUUAGAUCUUCAAAUCAAUAACAUAAGUGGAUCUAUCCCGAACUCUCUCUGUGAACUUCACAAUUUAUAUGAAUUGGGAUUGUCACAAAAUCAAAUAUCAGGUGCUAUGCCAUGUUGCAUAGGGAAUAUUACUACACUAAGGCAUCUAUAUAUCGAUACCAACAGAUUGACUUCCAGCAUACUUGCAAGUCUGUGGCUCUUGAAAGAUCUUCUAGUGUUGAAUCUAUCUACAAAUACUUUGAGUGGCUCUUUACCUCAAGAAAUUGGGAACCUGAGGGCUGCAACUCUUAUUGAUCUAUCAGCCAAUCAAUUCUCAGGUAGGAUUCCAAGCACAAUUGGAGAUAUACAGACCUUGAGUAAUCUUUCCUUAGCACAUAACGCACUGCAAGGAUCUAUUCCAGAGUCCAUGGGUAAGAUUAUAAGCUUGGUGCACCUCGAUCUAUCUCACAACAAUCUUUCUGGUAAUAUCCCCAAAUCCUUUGAGGCACUUAAGUAUCUCACGUACUUGAACGUUUCUUUCAAUGAUUUAAGUGGUGAAGUUCCUUCUGGUGGUGCUUUCAAAAACUUUUCAAGUCAAUCCUUCAUGUCUAAUGAAAGAUUAUGUGGAGAUCUUAUAUUUAGUCUCCCAUCAUGUCCUACUGGUAGACAAAAGAGAAGAAAAACGAGGCUUGCAGUUGUAUUUUCUUUGUUGGGGAUUACAUUACUCAUUUUAAUUGUCACAGCCUUGGCGAUGUAUGCAAUUGGAAGAUACCGAAGGAAAAUUUUGGUGGAAAAUGGAGUAGACUUUGCACCUGGCACAACUCUAAGGGUCUCAUGUUAUGAACUUUUGCAAGCAACUGAAGGGUAUAGUGAGAGCCAUUUGCUUGGGACUGGGAGUUCGGGCUCUGUCUAUAGAGGGACUCUCAAUACUGGAAGGAAUGUGGCAGUGAAGGUUUUCAACUUGCAAGAACAAAAUGCAUUCAAGAGUUUUGACGUAGAAUGCGAAGUAUUACGCAACCUUCGCCAUAGGAAUUUGUGCAAAGUCAUUAGUACUUGCUCCAAUCCAGAUUUCAAGGCCUUGGUGCUUGAGUAUAUGUUCAAUGGAAGCCUUGAGAAGUGGUUGUAUUCAGACGACUACAUGUUGGAUAUCUUGCAGAGAAUUAACAUAAUGAUAAACGUAGCAUAUGGAUUGGAAUAUCUGCACUACAACUACUCAACGCCUAUUGUUCAUUGUGAUUUGAAGCCAAGUAAUGUUCUGCUAGAUGAAGAUUUGGUCGCCCACUUGAGUGAUUUUGGAAUUGCUAAGUUAUUGGGUGAAGGAGAAAGCAAUGCAUACACUACAACUUUGGGAACAUUGGGUUACAUUGCACCAGACUAUGGAUUGGAAGGAUCGGUGUCAAUAAGAUGUGAUGUUUAUAGCUAUGGCAUUAUGUUAAUGGAAGUAUUUACACGAAUGAAACCAAGCGAUGAAAAAUUCUCAGGAGAUUUAAACCUAAGGAGUUGGAUAAAUGAUUCUAUGCCUUAUGCAAUUACUGGGAUUAUAGAUUCAAACUUGUUGGGACAAGAAGAACACGACACAAAGAAGUUGAGAUGUUUGUCAUCUAUAAUGGAACUUGCUUUAAAUUGCUCGAUGCAGAGUGCUAGUGAGAGGGUGAACAUGAAAGAAGUUGUAACAGUAUUGAAGAAUAUCAAAUUUUAGCUCCUCGCUUAAUGGCCUUUUGAAAUUUAACAGCAUAAUGCAAUUUGUUCUCUAUGUAUUAUUUGAUGAUCCGAUGAAUCUGUGGAGAUUUUAUAUUUUGUCAGUAAAGUUAUAUAACAUGCAAUAAAAUCUAGUUCAAAUUUUCUAAGUUGACAAGUUGAAUUCUCUAGAUGUCUUGAAUGCUUUCUAGAAAUCCAUGGAGAUUAU